AUGGGACCAGGGGGGACGGUCCCCUCCUGGAAGAGUUGUCGUUGUCCAGAUCCGGAACCAUCAAUGACCCUGACGGCAGCGAUGUGGCCAACGAGGUGGGCAACAUGGGGAACGACAUCCCUGACCCCCGCUCCUGCUAUGACCGACAGCUCAGCGAGCACAACCGACGCAAGCAGUGGACGCUUAACUACCAGGAGGCGGCUAUAUAUCUGGAGGAGGGUCGCAACAACGACAAGUUCUACACCCACCCCCAGAGCCACGACGCCCUCCCUGCCUACCAGGUGGCCCACAAUCCCUGGUUCUACACCUUAGAUCUGUUUGCUGCCGUGGUUGUCAUGUUGCUGGCUGCCUGCGAAAAACCCGCCGUUGCCUCACUGGAGAUGCCUGUUGGGAUUCAUGGCUCUAUCGAAAUGUUGUGCUUGCUCAUACUCAGCCUUGACCUUGGUAUCAGAGCCAAGUGGCUGGGCUGGAGAGUCUUCAUCAAACACAAACGUACUGUUGUCAAGUCGUUCAUGAUACUGCUGAUGCUGACAGAGGCCGUGGUGGUGUUGGUUCGGCAGGCGAACCACUUCAGAGUUACCCGAGCCCUACGUCCACUCUUCCUCAUCCACACCCAUUACUGCCAGGGUGUCCGCAGAAUUACUCGGCAGAUCAUGCAGUCUAUGCCGCCCAUCUUGGAUAUGAUUCUCCUGCUGCUUUUCUUCAUGCUUAUUUUCUCCAUUUUGGGAUUUUAUUUAUUUUCUGGAAUAGCCGAUUUUCAGAGCUUUUCCACCAUCAAAGACAGCUUUAUCAGUCUAUUUGUGCUGCUGACCACAGCCAACUAUCCGGACGUGAUGAUGCCAGCGUAUGCUGUGAACAAGUUCUACUCUCUGUUUUUUAUUGUGUACCUCUCUCUCGAGCUAUAUUUCCUCAUGAAUCUGCUCCUGGCUGUGGUGUAUGACACAUUCUCCAACCUAGAGAAAGCCAAAGUGCGCUCCCUGUUCUUCCACAAACGAGAGGGCUGUGUGCAUGCCUUCCGGCUAUUAGUCACUCAAAAUAACCACACCCAUCUCACUGUGAAGCAUUUCAUAGGUAUGAUGGAGUUCUUUGUACCGAAGAAAACGAGAAGAGAAUACUACCUCAUGUUCAAGUUCCUCAACACUAGUCAGACAGGCUUGUUGAGCCUAGACGAAUUCUUCAAUGUCUAUGAUGUGGUGCAGAUCAAAUGGAAGUUGAAGAGUGAUUCCAACUUAUGGUCAUCAAGUUUCAAGCAUCCUUGUAACAGAAUAUUCAGAGGUCUUCACUGGUUUGCAACUUGGUGCUACUUUGACUACUGUAUAUACAUUGUUAUUUUUGGAAAUUUCCUGUGGAUUCUCAUAGAAACAAUCCGCAUCUCAAAUGAAGCUGUGAGUGUGGCAAACUACAACUUCACAGCUAGCUGGAUCUCCAUUGUUUUUGUUUGUAUUUACUGUUUAGAGGCCAUAAUCAAGAUUCUCGGCAGAGGCCCUCAGGAUUACUUCACCAAGGGAUGGGACGUAUUUGACUUUCUGGUGACUAUCGUGAGUGUGGUGGGUGUGUUUGGCGAGGUGUUUGAAGACUCCUUCUACUAUGUCAUGGUGCUCAGGCCUUUCAGGCUGCUCAGGCUUUUCAAAAUAAAGGAGAGAUACAGGGAUGUCCUGGGAACAUUGUUUGUUCUCUUUGCAAAACUCUUCAGUCUUGCCAUCUGCAUCAUCAUUGUCUUCUACUUCUACGCCAUAGUUGGCAUGGAGGUUUUCUUCCAUUACGACUUGACAGACUGUUGCAAAAACUCCAGUGUGGAAGACUACUACGCCUUCAAGAAUGGCACUGUCCGCACUGGGUAUUACUAUUUGAACAACUUCGAUAACCUUUUCCAGUCUGGAGUGACUCUGUUUGAACUGACCGUGGUCAACAAUUGGUUUAUCACCAUGGAAGGUUUUGCCCUGACCGUUAGCGAAUGGACGCGUUUGUUCUUCAUGAGCUUCUACAUUGUCAUGAUGGUGGUGAUGAACAUUGUUGUGGCUUUUGUGCUGGAGUCUUUCAUCUUCCGCAUCAACUACCGACGUCAAAUGCACCUUGACGACAUUGAUGACCACCAUGUGGUGAAGGAGGAGAUAGCUCUGAAUGAGGAUGAGGUGCACAUGGUCAGUGUUCUCAGUGCCCCCGUCAACGGUCAGUUCAUCAACAGCCAGGAUGCUAGGGAGGUGCAAGUUUACAUAGGAGAGCGUACUCGAAGUCGAGAGGAUUUCAGCUUACGCAUGUACCAUGAUGAAGUGGAGCAAUGGAUGAGAGAAUUCCAAGAGCAAAGACAGGAGAUUGUGAGUACGUUGGAACGCAUGCGCUCACGUACCCGCGGAAGACCAAACUCUGAGACAAACAUGCAGGAAGUGAUCUUCUUGCCAUCCACGGAGUCGUACAGUUCUACUCUGACUUCCUCCGUUUCCUAGCAGAUUCACAAAACGUAUAAUGCGUUGUGUGAUAAUCAAGGUUACUGGUCUCAAUUCCCAUUCACCGCUACCAAAUUCGGCAUCAUUUUUGUAAUGGACCAUUUAUGUGUUAAGUUCUCAUGUGUCUGAAGGUGGCAUCAGUAGCCUAGUAGUAAGUAACAUAUACACCAUAUUUAUGUGUCUGAAAUUCUGUUGUAUUCAAAUUGUUGUUUUGUGCACUGUGAAUCUUUUGGCCUCCCGGUGUUCUCAAUCCCAAGGUACCAACCUGGAAAUAAUUCCUCUAAACAUAGAUUCUCUGUACUUUUUCCCCCUUUAGGUUGGUGUGAGAAUGAAGUAAUUCAUAUGUUGUUCUGAGGGAGUUUUUUGCAUUAUGUAAUCAAGAUUUUCUUGCUUUCAGCCUUGUGUCUCAUCUUUUGAGUGUGGUCCACACACUACCCCACAUCUACUACAGUUUUGAGUUGGGAUCUUCCACUACAAGUGAUCGUAUAAUUAUGCUCAGUUGUAAGUUUGGAUGAAAGGUUUGUUUUCAGUUAUCGUGUUAAGAAAGUGAGAUUUUUUUUCUCCAAUUUUCCUGCUAUUAGGCCCCUUCCUGCUCUCAUUCUUCGCCAACCGUGGCCGCCCAUUUCUUCAACUUUUCAGGCAUUUAACGGCCUCCUGGUGUUCACAUUCUUUUUGGGCACAAUUGGAAUGAAAAGAAAUUUGGACUGCUUAUGUUGACCUUGACCCACUUUCCUUCAUGGGAAUGUAAAGCAAGGCUACAGCUUAAUGCCUGUGUUCUGUUUAAUCAUAGUAUAUGUUGCCAUUGAGGAAAUCUUGUGGAAGAAACAAGGGGUAUGGUCGGACAGUUACCAAAUGUUGACUCUCAGGCUGUAGUAUUUUUACAGUCCAGUUUUGGCCGAGAUAAACAGAAAAAA